AUGAAAAAGGAGAAAGCUCAACUCUCAAGGAAGGAUACAAAUGAGGAGGUGCUUCUGCUGCUGAAUCCCAGAUCUUCAAAAAUCAAGUUUAGAGGCACAAUUACCAAUAUCUAUUAUGAAAUCCCUGUAAAGACAUUAGUUAAUUUGUGGGCAGCAGAAGGAUUUUUCGGGGCAGUGAGCAAUCAGAAUCUGGAAGAAGUGGCCAUGGAAUGCUUGCAAGAUCUUAUUGAUAGAAGUCUUGUUCUAGUUGGUAAACAGAGCUACAAUGGUAAAAUCAAGACAAUUAUGAUGCACGAUCUCUUGCGAGACUUGUGCUUGAGAGAAGCUAGGUGUGAAAAUCUCUUGAAUCUCAUUGGAAAUGAUUAUGAUGGUGUUGUUGAGAGGGAAUUACAACACUUGUUUCCAGAAGCUUGUCCUUGGAUAAGUAUUAGACCAAGAUGUUUCAAUAUUGAAUUCAGAUCUAUGUGCUAUGACAAAGGCCAUUCCUUACACUCUUUUGAUCAUAAUAUUGAUUUUAACAUUAAGGUGCUUUGUCACUUCAAACUAUUAAGAGUAGUAGAUAUGAAACUUGGAUUAUUGCGGCAUUUUGGAGAGAAGGUACUAUAUAUGAAAAAUCUUGUUCAUUUGAUGAAAAAUCUUGUUCAUUUGAGAUACUUAGGUUUGUUCAUAUGCGCAGUAGUAGGUCCUCUUAAACUAAAGUUCUUUGAGCAUUGGAAUAUGCAAAGUUUUAUUGUCCAUGGAUGUUGUGUUAUAUUGGAUUCUUCUGAGGCUUCUAGGAUUUGGAAAAUGCCAUUAUUAAGGAAUUUUUAUGUCGAAAAAAAUCCUUUUACAUUAGAAGCUUCGGAUGUUGUUCAUAGAAACAUAGAGACAAUAUUUUGGUUGCGUCCCGAGUGUUGUAAAAAGGAUCUUUUUACAAGGAUUCCAAAUUUAAAAAAAUUGGGGAUUCAAGGUGGAAUGGAUUUUGAAAAUGAAAAUUCAGAUGGUUUUUAUAAUUUGGUGCACUUGGGACAACUUGAGAAACUAAGCAUCAAAGGGUGGGAUCUCGAAUUUCGGGAUAGGGGCAUCCAAUGGGCAACUAAUUUUCUACCGAACCUUAAGAAGCUCAAAUUCUUCAAGACUAGGUUGCCAUGGAGUAAUAUGAGGCUUAUUGGUAUGUUGCCAAAUCUAGAAGUUCUAAAACUGAUACAUGCUUGCCUAGGCAAAGAGUGGAAGACAUCCGAGGGAGGUUUUCGUCAAUUAAAAAGGUUGGUAAUUGAAAGCAAGUGUCUCGAAUAUUGGAAUGCAGUGGGUGACCAUUUUCCUGUGCUCGAGCAUUUAGACUUAAGUGGUUGCGAUUUGUUGCGAAAGAUCCCUAUAGAGUUUGCUGAUAUCACCACACUUGCAUUGAUUCAGUUAAAGAAGUGUCGUUAUUCCGUUUUGGUUUCCGCUUUGUGUAUUCAAGAUGAGCAGCGAAGGUAUGGAAAUGAUGGCCUCUGUGUUCGUUCCAAACAUACUCAGGUCUCUCCCGUCCCAAACGGCCUGUGA